AGCGCCUUUCCAGAGGGGCCGAAUAUAAAAACCACCGCCUGGUAACCGUUAUUGAAGCUAACGGGAGCUAGCAGAAACUGCCGUUUAGAUUGAUUCGCCAACAAACAACGUCUUUAUUAUCUUCAAAAAGCGUUGAGAAACAUGCGUGAGUGUAUCUCAGUACACGUGGGUCAGGCUGGUGUCCAAAUUGGCAACGCCUGCUGGGAGCUUUACUGCUUGGAACAUGGGAUCCAGCCUGAUGGGCAGAUGCCCAGUGACAAAACCAUCGGAGGAGGUGAUGACUCCUUUAACACCUUCUUCAGUGAGACUGGAGCUGGAAAACAUGUCCCCAGAGCUGUUUUUGUGGAUCUGGAGCCCACUGUCAUUGAUGAGGUGCGAACAGGGACCUACCGCCAGCUCUUUCACCCUGAGCAGUUGAUUACUGGCAAGGAGGAUGCUGCUAACAACUACGCCCGUGGACACUACACCAUUGGCAAAGAGAUCAUUGACCUGGUGCUGGACAGGAUCCGCAAACUGGCUGACCAGUGCACUGGCCUUCAGGGCUUCCUGGUCUUCCACAGCUUUGGAGGUGGAACCGGCUCUGGUUUUACCUCCCUGUUGCUGGAGCGUCUGUCUGUAGACUACGGCAAGAAGUCCAAGCUGGAGUUCUCCAUCUAUCCAGCUCCCCAGGUGUCCACUGCUGUGGUGGAGCCCUACAACUCCAUCCUGACUACCCACACCACCCUGGAGCACUCUGACUGUUCCUUCAUGGUGGAUAACGAGGCCAUCUACGAUAUCUGUCGUAGGAACCUGGAUAUCGAGCGUCCGACCUACACCAACCUGAACAGGCUGAUGAGUCAGAUUGUGUCCUCCAUCACUGCUUCCCUUCGUUUCGAUGGUGCUCUUAACGUUGAUCUCACGGAGUUCCAGACCAACCUGGUGCCAUAUCCCCGUAUCCACUUCCCUCUGGCCACCUACGCUCCCGUCAUCUCUGCUGAGAAGGCUUAUCAUGAGCAGUUAACAGUGGCAGAAAUUACCAACGCCUGCUUUGAGCCAUCUAAUCAGAUGGUAAAAUGUGAUCCUCGCCACGGCAAAUACAUGGCCUGCUGCCUUUUAUACCGUGGUGAUGUGGUGCCCAAAGAUGUCAAUGCUGCCAUUGCCACCAUAAAGACCAAGCGCACUAUCCAGUUUGUGGACUGGUGCCCUACUGGUUUCAAGGUCGGUAUCAACUACCAGCCGCCCACUGUAGUUCCUGGUGGAGACCUGGCCAAAGUCCAGAGAGCUGUGUGCAUGCUGAGCAACACCACCGCUAUUGCAGAGGCCUGGGCUCGACUUGACCACAAGUUUGAUCUGAUGUACGCCAAGCGUGCCUUCGUUCACUGGUAUGUAGGUGAAGGUAUGGAGGAAGGAGAGUUCUCUGAGGCCAGAGAAGACAUGGCAGCUCUGGAGAAAGAUUAUGAGGAAGUUGGAAUGGACUCUGUUGGGGGUGAGGGAGAGGAGGAGGGUGAAGAGUUUUAAGAUGAAUAACAGCACUGCCUGAACAGAAAUCUGUUUAUUUUACUGGGUUUGUAGUUGACUCAGUUAAUAGAAAUGUUCUCACAGCAGAAGUUGAUCUGUGUUUUGUCCAUGAAAAUGUUAUUAAAUCCAUGUGUUUUGUCAGAUAUGCUGCAUGUGAGGGUACUGCGUAAACGGAAAUCAAUUGAUUUCAGUCAAUGGAAAUGUUGUAUUAAAAUACCAGUCUCCUGAAUAAAAAGCUGAAUAAAGUUCCUGUGACAUGUGAA